AUGAACGCAGCAAACGGCAGUAAAGUUGCUAAUUUAAUUACCAAAUUAGCCAUUCCAGCAGGUUUAAUCCUAACAGGGAUUGAUUAUUCCAUGUAUGAUGUUAAAGGUGGAUCUCGUGGUGUCAUUUUUGAUAGAAUUAGUGGUGUUCAAAAACAAGUUGUUGGUGAAGGUACCCAUUUUUUAAUUCCAUGGUUACAAAAAGCUGUAAUAUUUGAUGUUCGUACGAAACCAAAAUCGAUUGCAACAAAUACAGGUACAAAAGAUUUACAAAUGGUUUCAUUAACAUUAAGAUUAUUACAUAGACCUGAUGUUUUACAAUUACCAAGAAUCUAUCAAAAUCUAGGUUUAGAUUAUGAUGAAAGAGUAUUACCAUCGAUUGGUAAUGAAGUAUUAAAAUCGAUUGUUGCACAAUUCGAUGCAGCUGAAUUAAUUACACAAAGAGAAAUUGUUUCACAAAAGAUUCGUGAUGAAUUAGCAAUGCGUGCAAAUGAAUUUGGUAUUAAAUUAGAAGAUGUUUCAAUUACUCAUAUGACCUUUGGUCAAGAAUUUACAAAAGCUGUUGAACAAAAACAAAUUGCACAACAAGAUGCAGAAAGAGCAAAAUUUUUAGUUGAAAAGGCUGAACAAGAGAGACAAGCUGCUGUUAUUCGUGCAGAAGGUGAAGCAGAAUCUGCUGAAUGUAUAUCAAAAGCUUUAAGUAAAGUCGGUGAUGGUUUAUUAUCAAUUAGAAGAUUAGAAGCAUCAAAGGAUAUUGCAAAGACAUUAUCUAGAUCUAAUAAUAUAACAUAUUUACCAAGUAAUAGAGGAUCAGGUUCAAAUGAUGGUAGUGAUGGUACACCAAAUAGUUUACUAUUAAACAUUGGUCGUUAA